AUGGAGCGCCGUUUGUUGAGAACAGUUUUGGGGUUAAUAUUGCUGAUCACUAUCAUAUGGUUCUUAUCAGGACGCAAUAAUCCAUCGUACACUGAAGUCAUAUUAGGACAACCAAGGAUGCGAGAACAUGUCACUCAAACCAAUAAUUCAAUGAUUAUUUCUGCAACUAGCAAUAAUCACGGCUUUACUAACUCAUUUCAGUCGAAACGAACUACCUAUGUUGCUCUUAGUGAUGAUCACCAUAACGUUAGUAAACUAAGUCCGGAACAAGAAAUGACACACCUACAUAAACUAGCCAGUGAUAUUGAACAGAGAGUAUUGAAUCGAAAAGAAGGCAUUCAUGUGCUAGUUCUUGCAAGGCUGCGAACAGGAUCAACAUUUACUAGUAAUUAUAUUGCAAUGCAAUCUGACUCGCUGUAUUUAGGUGAACCGGAAGCAACUUUGUCGUCACAUGCUUACGACUUGUUUAAUGACAGCGCUUCGUAUGUUGAACAGCUCCAAAAGCCGUUCUAUACACUUCUCGGCGACUUCUUCGAUUGCAAUUUUAACAAUCAUGUACUUUUGUCCCACACGAACUCAACCAGGUGCAAAGGACUAACAAAUCAGAGAGGUCGCGUGCAUAAUGCUACGUUUACCUUCUCAUGGAUAACUGAAAAAUGCAGAAGUAAAAAUAUGUAUAUAGUCAAAACAACGCACAUGAGUGAUAUUUCCAAAGGUCUAGAUACUUUGAAAAAGUACAAUGUUAAAGUCAUUCAUCUUGUGAGAGAUCCCCGGGCAAUGAUUAAUUCAAGAAUAAAGUACGAACAAGCACAUGCACGGAAUCGUUACGAACGCCUGAGAAGAAUUGAUGAGAUGAUUAAGCACUAUUGCAUAUGGUUGAAAACAAAUGUGGAUGUUGUAAUCCAUGGGCCUGAUUGGCUGAAGAAACACUAUAUGAUUAUUAGGUAUGAGGAUAUCUGUGGCAGAUCUGAGGAAAUACUCCCGAAAUUGCGUAGUUUUCUUGAUUUGCCAUCUAAUGAAGGUAUAAUUCCGAGAAUAUUAAAAAGUUCUGUUGAUUCAUGGCGCAAUACAUUAACAUUCAAUUAUACUGCCAUUGCCCAAGAUAAUUGUCCUGAUGAGGUAUUCAAAAUGUUAGGCUACGUCAAACUUAAGAAUAUCGACCAACAACAUGAUAGUUCAUUUUCUCUAAUGACACCAUCGAUACCACCUAUCAACAAAUUAACAGUGUUAAAUCAUGAUGGCGUGGUGUAG